AUGUUACUGUUAAUAUCUUUUGCAGAACUCAUAUUGGCAAUUGCUGCACCUUUGUUGGCAAUCAUCUUAUCUGCUUCCAUUGGAAUGUGUUAUUGGAGAAGUAAGAGAAGAAGAAGAAAGAACAAUCCAGUAGCAGCCAAGGAUGCUGCUGUACAAACCCUGGUUUCUCGGAACAUAGAAAACGUCCGGCAUGCUAAUGGAAUACUGCCGUUGCAAUGUUCAGACAGACACCACCCAGCUAUACAGGAGGGCUACAGUCAUGUUGCCGAUGAAGUUCCAUUCCCAGAAGCAGCCAAAAUGAUUGACGCCACAGUCGGCACUUGUGAAGCCUAUACUGAGGUGGAUGAAGGACAAAUAGGGACCGUCAAGCCCUUGUCCGAUAGAUUUCGAUACCAUAUUGUUCGUUCUCUGCCUGCUCUGCCUGGGAAAAAGUCAUCAUCCAACGAUGAAUGGACAUCUACCAGAUCACGGGGUUCUAGUAGCCGUGCUUCGAUUGGUAGUGAAAAUGACUAUCAGAAAGCUAUCUAUGAAGAAAUUCCUGAUUAUUACGUCUGCAAAAAGAAUCCUUCGAAUUAUUCUCCUAGAGUGUCAGAACCAAGUUCCGUAGAAACAGAUUCAGGAAUUGAAUCUGAAGACAAAAUAGCUCGCAGUCGUUUGGAACGUAUUCAAAAUCUAACGAAUCCUGGUGCUUCAUCUUGUAAUAUUAAUCCUAAUCUUAAUGCUAAUACCAAUUCUUCAUCGUCGUCAACGUCAUCUUCGUCAUCUGCGUCUCACAAAUCUCCCCCAAUUCCAGCACUCAAUCCAAGAGGUGAAAUUAAAUCAGACGACAUGUCACCAGAUGUAACAGAUCCUAAAUAUCAUGUGAUAGAAAGGAACUGCACACAAAAUAAUGUCGGAGAGACAAACUGUAGAGGACAUUCAAUCGCCAGAUCUGGUGAUGAUGGCUUAGUGUUAUUAGAAAAUGAAAUAUAUGAGCCAUAUUAUCAACAGACAGACUGAAAAUACGAGUGAAUGUGUGUGAUAAAAUAUCUGUUCUUUAAUAAAGAAAACUUGCUUUAAAAUACAAAAAACAUCACCACCAAUUUACCAGUAUUUCACAAUGAAAAAACCCUGUUUCCUCCAUGAUUAUUAAGAAUUAACAGGAACAAAAUGUAGGAAAAACUGGUCAGGAUUUUCAUGUCACCGCUUCACAGCUUUCUUGUAUUUCUUUAAAACAAAAACAAAAAAAAACAUGGCUGCCAGAUUGAUGCUGGUCAUGUCUGGGUUUCGAAAAGUAUAUUGAGUAUGGCGGAAAAUGCAAGGAACGAAUGAAUGU